AUGAACACUAUGCCGAUAGAUCAACUUAUACUCGAUUACUUUGUUCAGGAAGGAUAUGAAGAAGCAGCGCUUAGUUUUGCCAAAGAAACACGUACCAAUUUAUCACCAGAUACCUUAAGUCCCAGUGCACUAGCCCGAGGGUUCACCACCAUUCAAAAACGUAAGGAGAUUAAACGUCUUAUCUUGCAAGGGAACAUAGAAGAAGCCAUCAAGAAGAUCAAUGAGUAUUUCCCCACGAUAUUAGAUCAGAAUAAUUUGCUUCAUUUUUAUCUACUUCGACUCAAUCUAACGGAGCUUAUCCGGAACCACAAGUUCAGGAGUAAUCUCAAUGACAUGGAGGAAGAAAAGGAGUUCUUGAGUCGAGUGUUGACGUUUGUAAGAGAGCACUUGAUAUCCAAAGUGGCUAGUUCGUUUAAAUUACUUAAAGAGUUGGAGAUAACUAUGAGUUUACUUUGUUUGGACUUUAACAAGCCUCAAGAAUUGCCUGAAGAGUUGCAGAGUUUAUUUGAUCUUCAACUUCGAAACCAAUGCUAUCGUCUUGUGAACAAGGAGAUAUUGAACUUUGAGCCUUCGAGCAACUUAGUGAUGAACGGUGAAGUACUUCCACAAAUCAAUGUGGAUGUUUCGUUUAAUAAAGACCAUGAUGUUGAUGAUGAUGACGAAUUGUAUGAUGAUCUAUUGACUACUUCCAAAAGCUCUGUGAUAGAAAAGCUAGCCCCUACAGAAAAGAGUGUGGGGCCAGAUAUCAACAUUCCCCUUGACUCUAAGUUGGAAACAGUACUCAAACUUUGGAUCUUAACCGAACAAAAGUUAAUUGGAAUGAAUGUUAAAGACAAAAGAGAACUGCUUCUUGAUGUUCUUUAG